AUGGGCAUCCCCGUCCCGGUCGCCAUCUUUGUGGGCCUGGCAUGCUCGUUUAUCCAGUCGCUAGGCCUUACGAUCCAGCGCAAGUCGCAUGUCGAGGACGAACUGCUGCCCCCUGAGGAACGGCAGCGGGCUGUUCGCCGCCCACUCUGGAUCAUUGGGUUCGCCGUGUACAUCUCCAGCAACAUCUUUGGGUCGGUGUUCCAAAUUGGCGCCCUCCCCAUCGUGGUACUGGCUCCCCUGGGCGGUAUCUCGCUGCUAUGGAACAGCCUGCUGGCUCACGCCAUUCUCGGCGAGGGAUUCACCAGUAUGAUGAUGCUGGGUACCAUCCUGAUCGCGACAGGCGCCGUACUUAUUGCGAUCUACGGUGUCGUCCCAGACGGCAACCACUCUCUCGACGAGUUGCUAGCCCUCUGGCACCGUGGUCCGUUCGAAGCCUUCUUCUUGAUUGUGUGCCUCUCGAUCGUCAUCGUCCUCGUCACCGCACACGUCGCGGCUUGGCGCGCCGGCCGCGCCGACCGCAUCUGUCUGCCAGACCACGACGACAGCCCCUCCAACUACGCUUCCCCACGCUCUGAGAUGGCCAUUCCCUUCCGCCCCACCAACACUAUCGGCUCGUUUACCGACGAUUCGUUCCCUUCCCCGACCGAGCGCACGGUCCACGCCAAGAUGGUCCGUUUCGCGUCCAUUCUCGAGGACGGCGAUACGAUGCCCUUUGAGGCCGAACCACACCGUAUCCUCACUCUCUGUGGUCUCGCAUUUGCCGCUGCCUCUGGAACGCUGUCUGGUAUCUGCCUGGUGCUCGCCAAAUCUGCUGUCGAGCUGGUCAUCGCCACCAUUGACCACUGGCACACUGGCCGCGGACAAAACGAGUUUACGCGCGUCGAGACCUGGUUCUUAGUCGCCGGACUUGCUGUGGCCGCCAUCCUCCAGCUGGUUUAUCUCAACUACUCUCUCACGUUCGCGUCACCGGCGCUCAUCUGCCCGCUCGCAUUCUGCUUCUUCAACCUCGCGUCAAUCUUCGACGGCCUGGUGUUCUAUGACCAGCUCGGGCGUCUGGGCACUCACCAGAUCAUCCUCGUCUCGGUCGGUGUAGCCAUUCUGCUUGUCGGUGUAUGGGUUGUGUCCGCCAUCCAGCCCACUGGCGGUGGUGGUAUCGAGGUGGGAACCUGGGUCGAGGAGGAGAUGGACGAGGAGUCUCUGCUUGGCGAACACCAUGACGAGCUCGAGGCCGGCGAAGGCGCUACGUUCUUGGACAGCGACGAGGUCACCGAGCCACUCGAGAUUGAUGGCCAGUCGCCCCCUCCGUCCCCCUUGCCCGACGGGUCGAUACCGUCGCCCAUGUCGCCCACACACGGCCGCCGCCGUCGGCCGCGGUACGGUACUCUCCUCCCCGAGCUCCAGUCGGCGUCGCGUCCAGCCAUGCCGACAGGUUUCGCGUUUGGUAUCGGCGUCGCUUCGCCCGGAUUUGCCCUGCGUUCAAACUCGAUCAACCACGGGCACGGUCAUGGCCAUGGCGCCGGAAGGCGGAACAGCGUCUCAUCCCACUCGCGCUCCAACUCGCACUCGACCAUCCUCUCCUCGGCCAGCGGCGGCGGCCCACGCCGACGCCGCAGCGAGGAGCAUCUCAGUGGAUUGGGCGAUGAGCCCCCAGCAAGCGGCGGCAGGCCACGGCUCCGUCCACUUUCUCUCCCGGCCAUACCCUCUGGCACAGCGGGCAUGAUCGCCUCGGCGCCUCCCAUCGGCGGUAGCCAGAUGGAGGACACGCUCGCGGCAUGGGAUAACAACAACAACCAGGGUGAGAGGUGGAGGUUCCGCUGGCCGUUGCUUUGGCGUGGUGGCCGUGGUGGUGGUGUCAAGCUGCCAUGA